AUGGCAGCUUCUCGCCACAUUCCUUCGCCUGCGAGCCGACGCAAUGUCAGCAACUGGGGCAGAUCCAUCCCUUCUCCAUGCCUCAGUAUGAUGACUCCUGUUCGAACCACCUUUUUGGCGACAUUUGUACCGCUUUCUGUGAGACUGGCUGGGACAUCGUGGGCGAUGCCAUCGUCUACUAUUGCGAUGCCCGCGACAACACCAGCGCUGGGUAUGCUGAGUUCGGGAGCAACAUCGCUGCCCAAGACUCACAGGGGCCGGUUCCGUGGUCGAAAAUUCAGGCCAGCCGCAACCUUGACGUGCACUGUGGAGGGUUCUUUCGUCGGCGUGGUGCCAGAAGCCGCAGAGGCGACCUGCCCAACGCCGGACUUCGGCAAUGGCACCGCAAGCACCUGUGCCGGUCGAGCAAUAGGCGAAGAGUGCUAUGCUUACUGUCUGAGUGGUUUUACUGGGUCUCCGCAGUUGUACACGUGCGUUGCAAAUGCCACGACCGGGAUCAUCGAUGUGCAGCCAAGUGCUGCUGACAUCUCCUGCACGCCGGAGGCCGACCGACGACUGUCGCUGACGGCAGCAAGGCGUUUGUCAACGCCCUGUGAUGGAGCCUCCAUGACUAACUUUGGCCUCCAUUCGGCGGAGUUUGUGCACAGCUGCGAUGCGGUGGUGCAUGACGACGUGUGCAUCAGCCAUUGUGGCCGCGGCUAUGAGAUGAGCGGCGACCCAACCGUGCUGGUCUGUGACAAUGGCACCCUCACCGGUGGUGUCUUGCCGACUUGCACACCGUUGCCAUGCAUCUACGGCGUGCCAAGUGCGCUCGGUGUUGAACACGAUUGCCACAAUGCCACGACGGGCGGCAAUUGCACAGCAGGUUGCACGGUGGAGGGCUUCGGAUAUGCUUCCGGUGGAGCCGAGCAGUUCAAGUGUGAAGCGACAGGAGAAUUCAACGGCACAAUUCCUUCCUGCCAGCGGGUUAUGUGCACAGACCUCGUCUUGGCAUCCCGAUUUUCGCACAACUGUGUCGGCAUGGCUUUCGAGGACACCUGUGGCGUCAGUUGCGCCAAGGGCUGGACCUUGCAAGGCUUUGGAUCCCAGUUUGAGUGCCAGGCCCAUGGCAACAUCACUGGCAUUCUGCCCAAUUGCGUGGGCAACCCUUGCGAGAACACCAUCCCACAGGAUCAGGCAUUCUCGGGUGAGGACUGUGAUGGAUUGACUACCGGCCUAACCUGUGAGGUGACUUGCAAGCCGGGGAGCACACCUAACUCGGCCAUGAUGACUUGCGAUGACAGUGGACACCUGCAUGGGACUCUCCCGAUUUGCAGACCUGCGCUGUGCCCGGCCAGCACGGCUUUGGAGGACCCGUCGUUGGAUCACAACUGUCAGGAUGUCCCCUUCGGACGGAGCUGCAGCGUGUUCUGUGCGGAGGGGUAUCAGCUCAAUGGAACUGAUUUCGGGGAGGUCUGGGACUGUGUUCUCGAUGGUUCUGGUCAACCAAUCCUUUCAGGCGCGAUCCCACCUUGUGAGCGCAUUACUUGCGCCAGCCUGAGCCAAAGCGACGUGUUGGUGGACAACUGCACGAACAUCCCAGCCGGCUCGUCCUGUGAGCAGCACUGCCAGGAGGGAUACGCACCGGUCAAUGCCUCCGUCGCCGUCUACACCUGCGACAUGUCCGGUCAAAUCGCAAACGACGGCGCGAGUGUAUUCUGUGCAGCUGUCGCCUGCAACACCAGCGUGUCACUUCUGAAUGUGCUGCACACCUGCGAUGGCGUCCUGGCAAACCGCUCCUGCUAUGCCUACUGUCGCGACGGCUUCGAGCUCCAGCAGAAUGAGGUGCCAAUGUGGACAUGUGCCACUGAAGCCAGCGGCCUUGCAGCCGUCAGCGACGUGCCUGCCAUCGAUGGAUAUGCUCUCCGUGGUGUGCUUCCGGUCUGUGUAGCACUACCCUGCCUCUACAACAUUCCUUUCGGCUUCGAGUAUGUGCACGACUGCGACUCGACGCUGACGGAUGCCACGUGCACCGUGGCCUGUGCUGCGGGCUUUGAGGGCCCUUCUAACAUCUGGACUUGCCAACCAGACGGACUGCUGAAUGGCUCUUAUCCGGUAUGCCUGGAGGUCACCACCACGGUGACCUCGGUCACCGCCACGACAACUUCAACGGUCACAAGCUCUACAACAUCAUCAACGACGUUCUGGAACGGAACGGUCUUGCUCCGAGGGUACCUAGACGCUGCGCC